CGUGAUUUUUUUUAACAACAAGGAAGAAGCCGUUUGCACCGAAGAACAUACAGCGUUUUUUUUUUUUAUUUUUUUUUUUACAACGUUUAUAAUCAGUGAUUAUUAUGUUUAACGUUCUUUAUUCUUCUUUUAAGUUUUCCUUGUCUUGAAUGCAGUAUUACGUGUUAAUAGAUCAUUUGGUUGUUUUUAAAUGUUCGGAACCUAACUAGAUACUUUUAUCUGGCAACAAUUUCUGCAGAAGCCACAACAAUGAGCGCGUUUAGAAAAAGAGGAAGCGUUCUUGUUGUCCUUUAUUACGUCGGGAGUUUUCACGUCCUUUUCGGAUACAAUAUAUCCAGAGGAGAGCAGCACGAUCUCAGCCUGAACAGGAAAUGGACCAUACAGAACUCAAAUGGGUCUCUGUCGCUUCCUGCAGAGGUACCGGGGUGUGUACACUCUGCUCUCCUGAAACAGGGCUUUAUCAAGGAUCUCUACUUCAGGUUCAAUGAUGUAGCAUACAGGUGGAUCGCUCUUGACAACUGGACAUACACGACUACAUUUUCUGCCUCAACAGAGCUAAGGGCUAAACAAAGAGUCCAGCUGGUGUUUGAAGGAGUGGACACUGUAGCGUCCAUCUCUCUGAAUGGAGUUGUUGUGGGAAAGACAGACAACAUGUUCCGCAGAUAUGACUUCAGCGUAGGCCAGUUGUUGAGGGAGGGGGAGAACGUUGUGAAGGUGAGCCUCCUCUCCCCUGUCUUGUACGCCUCAGAGAGGAGUCAGGCUCACUCCUCCUACAGCGUGCCCCCUGACUGUCCUCCACCCGUCCAGAAAGGAGAAUGUCACGUCAACUUUAUCAGAAAGGCUCAGAGUUCCUUCAGCUGGGACUGGGGACCGUCAUUCCCAACCCUGGGGCUGUGGAAGGGUGUUCAUCUGGAGGCCUUUGAUGUGCUACGCCUAAUCCAUCUCUCUACUGUACCAGUCUAUAACUCCUCUCUGUCUCAGUGGGUGGUAACGGUGGAAGUGUUGGUUGAUGCUGUGGAGGAGACUAAAGUCCAGGUCAACCUCUCUCUGAUGGAGCUGUCUACAGAACAAACCUUCAUGGUGUUGUUUCCCUCUGGGCAGAGCAAGAACACAUUGAGCCUCCAUGUCAACACAAGUAACCAGGUGAAGCUGUGGUGGCCCAGUGGCCAUGGUGAACAGCAUUCCUAUCAUCUCAGUGUGAGAGGAACCAUGCUGGAGGGAACAGCCAUACUCAGGACAGACACACAGGUGUAUUUCCGUACAGUAGAGCUGGUCCAGGAGCCAAUCGCUGGUUCCCCUGGGCUGAGUUUCUACUUCCGGGUCAACAAGAAGCCCAUCUUCCUGAAGGGGUCAAACUGGAUCCCAGCUCACGCCCUUCAGGACCUGGUCAGCCCUGCUGAUGUGAGGAACCUUCUACAGUCGUCUGUCAGCGCUAAUAUGAACGCUCUCAGGGUCUGGGGGGGAGGAGUCUAUGAGCAGGACAUGUUCUACUCUCUCUGUGAUGAGAUGGGGAUCAUGAUCUGGCAGGACUUCAUGUUUGCCUGUGCCAUGUACCCCACUGAGCCUGACUUCAUAGAGACGGUUAGAGAGGAGGUUGUCCAACAGGUGAGGCGCUUAAAGUCCCACCCCUCGGUCAUCGUGUGGAGUGGGAACAACGAGAAUGAGGCUGCCCUGGCCACUAACUGGUUCGGCAUCCCCGUUGCCCAGCAACCCCGGUACCAUAGAGACUAUGUGACUCUGUAUGUGGACAACAUCAGGGCUAUUGUUCAGAAGGAAGACGGUACCCGCCCGUUCCUAGUCUCCAGUCCCACUAACGGAGUAGAGUCUCAGCAGGAGGGCUGGGUGGCCCACGACCCCUACGACCUACACUAUGGAGACACACACUACUAUAGCUACAGCCAUGACUGCUGGGACUGGACGGCCCUGCCACGCACACGCUUCGCCUCCGAGUACGGCUUCCAGUCCUGGCCCUCCUUCUCCACCUUGCAGAAGGUGUCUGUGUCAGAAGACUGGAGUUAUGGGAGUAACUUCUCGUCUCACCGUCAGCACCACCAGACGGGCAACCAGCAGAUGCUGCAACAGGCUGGACUACACUACCAUCUCCCAGCCUCAGCAGAUCCACUGAAGAGAUACAAGGACACACUGUACAUCACACAGGUCAUGCAGUCCCAGUGUGUUAAGGUCCAGACAGAGUUCUACCGCCGCAGCCAGAGUGAGGUCAUCGAGGGCAAAGGUCACACCAUGGGAGCUCUCUACUGGCAACUCAAUGAUAUCUGGCAGGGCCCUUCCUGGUCCUCUCUAGAGUUUGGUGGGAAGUGGAAGAUGCUCCAUUACUUUGCCAAGGACUUCUUCUCUCCUGUGCUUCCGGUGGGCUUUGAGGACCAGGGUAGUCUGGUGGUCUAUGCUGUGUCUGACCUGAGCCACGACCUUCACCUCAGGACUGUGGUUUCAGUCUAUGAGUGGAGCAGUCUGGAUCCUGUGUGCACUGUGGCUUCCGGAUUGGUGCUUGUGGAAGGAGGAAGUGCUGAGGUCAUCCACAAACAGACAAUCUCAGCCCUGCUGGCGGGGUGUGGGCGCGGGAGCUGUACCCGCCUCACCUGUCUCCUGACCUUUCACCUUGAGGACGUCAACAGCCAGCAAGGUCCCAUUAACCACCUCUUCCUCAGCUCACCCAAAAAUGCCCAGCGGAUGCUGAGACCCAACAUCACAGCCGAGGUGCAGCAGGACGAGAUGGGAGGAUACACUGUGACCCUGCAGUCCUCUGCCGUAGCAGCUUUCGUAUGGCUGGAUGUGGGGGACGUCCCAGGACGAUUCGACACCAACGGAUUCCUCAUGGUCACCAGGACCAGAACAGUCACCUUUAACCCCUGGGGUCCCACCAGUACCCAGCAGCUAGCCCAGGCACUGACUGUUACGUCAUUGAGAGAUGUGUACUGACUAUCUUGUGUAUCAAAUGGCAUCCUAUACCCUAUAUAGUGCACAACUUUAGACCAGAGCUCUAUGUGUUGUCCACUAUAUAAGGAAUAGGGUGCCAUUUUGGACGUACUUACUGAACCACUACCCAGUACCCAGCAGUUAACCCAAUACCCUCUCCCUAACCUCUCUGAGAUGAGUACUGUGACCUUCUCCCUAACCUCUCUCUGAGAUGAGUAUACCGCCAGAAGUCAGGCUAAUUACUGAGGAUACCGCCAGAAGUCAGGCUAAUUACUGAGGAUACCGCCAGAAGUCAGGCUAAUUACUGAGGAUACCUCCAGAAGUCAGGCUAAUUACUGAGGAUACCGCCAGAAGUCAGGCUAAUUACUGAGGAUACCUCCACACAUCAGGCUAAUUACUGAGGAUACCUCCAGACAUCAGGCUAAUUACUGAGGAUAUCUCCAGAAGUCAGGCUAAUUACUGAGGAUACCUCCAGAAGUCAAGCUAAUUACUGAGGAUACCUCCAGAAGUCAGGCUAAUUACUGAGGAUACCUCCAGAAGUCAGGCUAAUUACUGAGGAUACCUCCAGAAGUCAGGCUAAUUACUGAGGAUACCUCCAGAAGUCAGGCUAAUUACUGAGGAUACCGCCAGAAGUCAGGCUAAUUACUGAGGAUACCUCCAGACAUCAGGCUAAUUACUGAGGAUAUCUCCAGAAGUCAAGCUAAUUACUGAGGAUACCUCCACACAUCAGGCUAAUUACUGAGGAUACCUCCACACAUCAGGCUAAUUACUGAGGAUACCUCCACACAUCAGGCUAAUUACUGAGGAUACCUCCAGAAGUCAAGCUAAUUACUGAGGAUACCUCCAGAAGUCAGACUAAUUACUGAGGAUACCUCCAGACAUCAGGCUAAUUACUGAGGAUACCUCCAGACAUCAGGCUAAUUACUGAGGAUACCGCCAGACAUCAGGCUAAUUACUGAGGAUACCUCCAGACAUCAGGCUAAUUACUGAGGAUACCUCCAGACGUUAGGCUAAUUACUGAGGAUAUCUCCAGACAUCAGGCUAAUUACUGAGGAUACCGCCAGACAUCAGGCUAAUUACUGAGGAUACCUCCAGACAUCAGGCUAAUUACUGAGGAUACCUCCAGACGUUAGGCUAAUUACUGAGGAUACCUCCAGACAUCAGGCUAAUUACUGAGGAUACCGCCAGACGUCAGGCUAAUUACUGAGGAUACCUCCAGAUGUCAGGCUAAUUACUGAGGAUACCUCCAGACGUUAGGCUAAUUACUGAGGAUACCAACUAACUACAUGGGAGUAACGGGAGUACCUUACAUCUGUACCCUAAACGGAGGUGUGGUCACAUUUAGCCACGCUUCGCCUGCAACUCAAUCAAUUUUACAAAAAUCAAAUUUUCUGGUGCACCUAAAUUUCAUGUGGUGCUCCUAAUUGUUUAAAGUAGGGAGCACCAGUGCUACCAAUGAUUAAUUUAAAAAAAAUGUAAAGCCCUGACUGAGACCCUCCCUAACCUCUCUGAGAUGAGUACUGAGACCCUCUCCCUAACCUCUCAGAGAUGAGUACUGAGACCCUCUCCCUAACCUCUCUCUGAGAUGAGUACUGAGACCCUCUCCCUAACCUCUCUGAGAUGAGUACUGAGACCCUCUCCCUAACCUCUCAGAGAUGAGUACUGAGACCCUCUCCCUAACCUGUCUGAGAUGAGUACUGAGACCCUCUCCCUAACCUCUCUGAGAUGAGUACUGAGACCCUCUCCCUAACCUCUCUGAGAUGAGUACUGAGACCCUCUCCCUAACCUCUCUGAGAUGAGUACUGAGACCCUCUCCCUAACCUCUCAGAGAUGAGUACUGAGACCCUCUCCCUAACCUCUCAGAGAUGAGUACUGAGACCCUCUCCCUAACCUCUCUCUGAGAUGAGUACUGAGACCCUCUCCCUAACCUCUCUCUGAGAUGAGUACUGAGACCCUCUCCCUAACCUCUCUCUGAGAUGAGUACUGAGACCCUCUCCCUAACCUCUCUCUGAGAUGAGUACUGAGACCCUCUCCCUAACCUCUCUCUGAGAUGAGUACUGAGACCCUCUCCCUAACCUCUCUCUGAGAUGAGUACUGAGACAUGAGAAACCCCAAAAUUCCCUGUCAGUUGGAUUCGACAAUGUUGUGUGUGGGAUUUGUUGUAAAUAAGAUACAAGUGAAGGAAUUUGCAUUAAUAAAGUAAAUGGAGAUA